GUUCCUCUGACUGAUUCUCUCUGCCUGCCUCUCCUCAGACUGACGAUGGCUGAAGCCCAGCUGUGUGGAUUACAGGACGAGAUCACCUGCUCGGUGUGUCUGGACACCCUCACUGACCCCGUCUCCAUUCCCUGUGGUCACAAUUUCUGUCUGAAGUGCCUCACGGACUACUGGGAUCAGAGCCAAGUGUGCAGCUGUCCUCAGUGCAGACACACCUUCAUGCUGAGGCCUGAACUGAAGAGAAACAAUCUGCUGAAUGAAGUCAUCAAGAAAUUAAAGAAGACGACUCUCAGUUCUCCUCCAUCUCAGAAUUAUGCUGGCCCUGGAGACGUGGAGUGUGACUUCUGUACUGGUAAGAAGUUCAGAGCAGUGAAGUCAUGUCUCACCUGCCCGGCCUCCUACUGUCAGACUCACCUGCAGCCUCACUAUGAAGUAGCGAUCCUGAAGCAUCACAAGCUGGUUCAUCCUGAUAGAAAUCUGAAGGAGAAAUUCUGUGAGAAACACCAGAAAAGUCUGGAGAUAUUCUGUAAAAGUGAUGAUUCCUGUAUCUGCAUGAUGUGUGUGGUGACUGGACAUAAAAAUCAUGAAAUGGUCGAGCUGGAGACAGAAAGAGAAGAAAAGCAGGGAAUCUGGAGUGGGGGGCUCUCAAAAACAUGGCCUGUUAAAGCCCACUGAGACACUCCUUGGGUGAUUUGUGGAUACACAAGAAAAGAGAAAUUGUGUUCUUUCCAGUGUGAGGUGCGCAGAGUGAAGAGUAAAGCAGACAGGCCUGUUCCUUGUGCUGCUCCAGUGUUGCUCACACAGUCCUUGAGUCUGCCUGACAGAUAGUCCAUCAUCAGGACACCACAGGCUCACCCACCUGCACAUCUCUGAGCUGACCCCUUAACAGGGAUGGCUGGGUGGUCUCGAAGGAUCUGGUGAAA